AUGGUAAAAAGUAUUGCCGUCCGAUGGGAGAUUGGUCAGGGUAUUGAAGAUGAUUGGUAUGAUACCAUCUGUGGGCCUAGAGUUGCUGUGGAUAGGCUCUUACAAAUGAUGUGUGAGAGGGGGUGGAGGGAUCGUUUGGUUGUUGUUUAUGAUGCACUAGAAGGUGGUGAUGGUGUUGGUGUUGGAAGCGAGUUGAGAGAUCGUGAGGGGUCCCCUAUACUCGGGGAGUUGAAUGAAGAAGAGUGA